ACAGACCGAUCGGCAGGCAGACAGACAGACAGACAGACCGACUUCGCGGGGAGACCAGCUCGGCUCGAGGCAGCGCUCGUGGGCGAUGGGAAAGCUCCGCGGCUCUGUGAUGCCCGUGGAUCCUCUUGGCAAAGUGGGGCUGCUGUGCCAGGCGUGCGGGUUCCUCCUGGCCAACCCGCAGCAGGCGGAAUGCGGGCAUCGCUACUGCCGGAGAUGCGUGAAGGGGCUCUUCAGAGACCCAGAGAAGAUGGUGGCCUGCUUCACAUGUAAGAAGGCCCUGAGUCUCAAGGAGUUCCACAGUGACAAAGCAGCAGAGAACGAUGCUCUUGCCACACAGAUAGCCUGCCCAAAUUUUGACUGCACGUGGACAGGAACCCUGAAAUCAUACCAGGAGCAUUUAUGCCUCCCUGAGGCACCUAUUGGAAGUACAGCAGAUGCUAUUUUCACUCCUGGAGACCAAAAUGUGAAUGAAGAGAAGGCGGCGCUCUGGAGCAUCACUGCCCCCAUCAUGGGUGGCCCUUCCCUGAACAUGGAAGCUGUCCAGUUGCGUGUGGAGGCCCUAGAACUGGUGGUUGCAUCUUUACGUCGGCAGCUGAAUCACCAAGUCUCCACCGUGAAAUCUCUCCAACGCUGCUGCUCCCAGUAUGAGGAGCUGCUCAGAAUUUCUCAGGAAACACACAAUGGUCCUCAUGGAACCAAAGCUUCUGGACCAUCCUCACAGGAGCUGGUCAGCACUGACGGAAUAUUGGUAUGGAAAGUGGAGAACUUCUCCAAGCUCCUGAAGGAUGCCAAGACUGGGAAAAGACCUUCCAUCUUCUCUCCAGCCUUUGCCACCCACCCUUUUGGAUACCGCCUCUGUGUCCGACUGUACCCUGAUGGAGAUGGUGUAGGCAAGGGUGGCCACCUUUCGCUCUUCCUUGCUUUGGCCAAAGGGCCUUACGAUGACAUUCUGCCCUGGCCUUUCCAACAAAAGGUCACCUUCUCUCUCCUGGAUCCCACACGAAGGAAGUCGCCUCUGGUGGAGACUUUCCUCCCAGAUACCCAAAGCACUUCUUUCCAGAAACCUCACCAGAGACUCAAUGUGGCCAGUGGAAGCCCUCUCUUUGCCAGCCAUGUUGACAUUCCCAGCUACCUCAGAGAUGACACACUCUACCUCAAAAUAAUGGUGGAUUUAACAGGAAUAGAAAUUUAACGCUGGAAAGCGAUGGAGAGAUUUUAUGGUGGACAUAUUCUGCAUUUCCAUUGCUUUUAAUACUUCAAGUUUCUUUUUUUAAUCAUAUCUUUUUCUUUACUACCACUCAAUGGUGUCAACCGCAAUUUCUCUUUCAAAACAGAUUGUCGGUUGCUUCUCAGGGUCAUCUAAGAUCUGCAUAUUGUUUUGGCUUGAACUCAUGGGAAAUUGAUCCUUGAUUAUGCUCAGACUGAUGCUGAGCAACCUCUAAACAUUACAAUCCUUAUGGGAUUUUUAUGGACAGCUAUUCGAGAAUAUCUUUCUGUUAAAUGCAGAGAAAGGUGGGAAAUAUUUUUCAGUGGUCAAGGAUGUCAGAUGCCUUCCUACAAAUGCACAAUCCUGGGUAAUAAUGACUGUAUAUAUCUGAAAAGAAGACUAAUUUUCCCCAGAUAAGAACAUUACAAUGGGAGAGUUGCUUUAGAUUCACUGAGAAUUUGGUAAAUGAGGCAGAUCAAGUUUUGCUGUCUGUUAACCUGUGAGUAGGGAAAUCCAAGGAUAUGUUUCUUAUGGGCAUUAUAGAACAAUGUGUAUACAAUAUCCCAGGUGCAAAUGUUCAGCUCUGUUGUUACAUUGCUUCCAGUUG